UUGGCUCGCUGUUGUCACAAGUUUAAAAUGCUUUCGAUUACUGCAUGCCGAAAGUGACUAACGGUCACCGUUCAUUGUCGCCGCGACGGCAGGCGGAACGUUCUUCGCCCUAUAAAAUGUCGUCGCCAUUCUGUCAUAGAGUAUCUUUCGUUGUUUUCAACAAAGUACUUCUCGAAGUUUUGACUAUUCUGUGCAUCGCCGCCAGUCAGGCCAAAAAUGAUAAGAUUUCAGAGUACCCUUCGCUGUUUCACACAACUGGCAGAAUUACCUCGGUAAAUAUGCGCACCUUUAUCGUUUUUGUUAUCCUGUGCAUCGCCGCCAGUCAGGCCAAAAAUGAUAAGACUUCAGUUCUGAAAGGAUAAAAUCCACCGAAUCGAACGCUGUGUGCUAUUGCCAGGCUCUGAGGAGCCUUAUCGGAAUAACCGGUACGCAGAUUCAACAACUGUAGGCCACAGCCCACGGCCACACCGAAAAUAUCCUCGAUGUUGUAGGAUACGUCGAACAGGACUUCAAGAAUCUUCUCACGACCACGGACGAGACCAUUCAAAAGGCUAUGGACUGCUUUUUUUCUAAAAAUUAACAACAUGUAAUAUUUUACAAUGAGACGAUUAACUUUUUGCCCAUCGUAAUGUAUAUAUCAUGCUUUCACAAUA